UCGCAAACACGACGAAUCGCGUCCGAAACUCGCGCAGCAUCAUGAAUAAGCUGGUGAUCCUCUGCGCCCUCGUGGUGCUCGCCCUCGCCGAAGAGAGAAAGAGCGACGAUAUAAAGAAACCUCUGGAUAAAGACGUGAAGAAAGAUAAGCGAGGCCUGUACGGAAGCCUGGGUUAUGGCUACGGUAUCGGUGACCUCGGCUAUUCAGGCUACGGCAUCGACGGACUCAGCGCGUACUCGUCACUUCCGAUCGGCUUGAGCAGCCCCAGCAUCCACACCACCAGCAUCUUGACGAAGGAGGUCGCCGUACCUGUGCCCCAACCGGUCGCCGUACCCGUCGAGAAGCACGUUCCGGUCCCCGUUAAGGUGCCCUACGCAGUGCCAGUCGACCGUCCGUACCCAGUCCACGUGCCCAAGCCAUACCCAGUCGAGGUCACCAAACACGUUCCCGUCCCGGUAGACCGCCCUGUGGCCGUUCCCUACAGCGUUCCCGUUAAAGUCCCGGUUCCAGCUCCGUACGCUGUCAAGGUGCCGCAGCCCUACGCCGUUCCUGUCAUCAAGCACGUGCCGGUCCCGGUCGCCACCCAGCCGCUCAUCUACUCGAAACCGAUCCUGAACUCCGGUCUGGGAUACUACGGCGGUUAUUCCUCCUCCUGGUAAAACGACGAUCCUCGUGAAGCUCCUCCCGAGCGACGCUCUUCAACAUCAACAACCGGAAAGUCGCGCGGAUUCUUCCAGUGAACCGUCAAGUUCGAUGACGGAAAAACACCCUUCGAAGAGAGAUACGCGUGUAUUAAUGUACGUUAAUAUAGAUUUUUCAUCGUCGAGAGAGUCGACACAGUGCAGCUAAAAAGUGAAUACAUUCAUCUCAUUUUUUAACAGAUUUUAUGGGAUUUUUUGGGCAUUUUUUGUGAUAGAGAGAAAGAUCGAGUGUCUUAGAGACAGAAAAAAGAGCGUCCUCUGGGUUUUAAUAGAAAAACAAAAAAAAGACAUUUUCGCGAGAGAAUGCGGUCGAGUGGAAUUUCGAUCAGCAGUGUGACUCAUAUUUAGGAAUAUGUUUCUAUCUACAACUUCAUUAUGCUGAAAUAAAUUUUUUCCUACGAAAAAAUAG